AUGUUGUUCAAUCCGCUCGCAACCCGAGAGCAGCUCGCCCUGGCUCCGUCAAUGAGCGAUGGACUCUCGCACAAUCUCGAGAUGGAGCUCAGAGCUCUUGGCUGCCAACUGAUCCAGCAGAUCGGCAUACUUGUUCGCCUACCUCAACGGACCAUGGCGGUAGCUCAAGUCUUCUACCAACGCUUCUGGUAUACCUCGUCCAUGUGCGACUUGUCCGCCAAUGAGACAGCGCUGGCUUGCUUGCUCUUGGCAACCAAGCUCGAGGAGACGCAAGUCAGUCUACGGCAUCUCGUCAACGCCUUCCAUUUUGUCCUCUUCCGUUUGAGUGGCAGGAGGACCGCACCGAGCAAUGGCACAUCCAACCAAGCCAGUGCUCUACCCUCAGCUUGGCAGUCUUGCUCAUCAGCUUCGGUGAUCUCCCAGUUUCGCCCUCUGCCGUAUGACUCGGCCGAAGUGAAUCACAUUCGCGAGGCUAUCAUCCUGUCGGAAAUGCAGGUUUUGAAGCGGCUCGGCUUCCAUGUACAAGUGAUGCUCCCAUAUGCACUCUUGGUCAACUACCUACAGGCCCUCGGGCUUACAGAUCCUCAACUCAAGGUGACCAUCAAGCCGCAUAGCAAUUGGCACACCUAUGAUGAUCACCCUACGAUUGACAACGUCACACCACAACAGGUCUCGGUGGCCCAGUGCGCAUGGUCAUUCCUAAACGAUGCCCUUCAGACGCCUGUGUUGUGCAUCUUUGGCCCUCACAUCGUUGCUUGCGCAGCCAUUGCGCUGACCACAGAGAUGGGCGAUCCACAGAUUCAGUUACCUAUCGAGCCCCACCCGUGGUGGUUGCUCUUUGACGCGACCGAGCCCGAGAUCAAGAUCGCAGCUUCUCAUCUUCUGUGGCGCUACCAUCACGAGCCUACAGAACUGGAUACACCAAAGUUGAUGGACCGCCACGAGCUGCGCAGGUACAUCGAAUCGCUUCCGUCAAACCCUGUCGUUCAGACAAGUCGCUAG